GUUUAAUCUGUGCAAAAGGGAUUUUGUCAGUGUCACAGGAACGUGAUUUAUGCUUAUGAGGAAUAAUUUAAUUGAGAUAUUCAAGAAGUUUCAUAGAUUUCCAAGAAAAGUAUUACCUUCAUUAUCUACAGGUAAAUGUUUUGUGGGGAAAAAAUCUGUGUCACUUACUUAUAAUCAAGCUGUAGUUUCAAAUUGUAGGAAUUUUUCUAAGGCACGAAAGAAAAUGUCUGACUACACAUAUCCAAAUGAUACACCAAUUGUAUUUUUAAACUGUGAAAAGGCCUUUUCAGCCUUAACUGAGAAAGAAAAGCUGUAUGCUCAUUAUUUAUCAAGGGCUUCUUGGUAUGGAGGUCUUAUUGUUCUGUGUCAGACUUCAUUGGAGAGCCCCCUCAUAUAUGUUUUACUUCAUAAACUGUUCCGAUCACAGCCUUUAAAUGAGUUGAAGCAGAUAGCUUUGCAGAAAUGUGAUUUUUCAGAAGAUGAAUUUACGGCUCUUCUGAUAUAUGCUUGUGGAAUAUUUAGUAAUACUGGCAAUUACAAAGGUUUUGGUGAUUCUAAAUUCAUUCCAAAUCUGCCCAAGGAAAAAUUUACAAACCUAGUUAAAGUGAGCAAAGCUGCUAGUUUGUAUCCUCAACAAAUAGAAAGCUUGCUUGCUAGAUGUUGUGAGCCUAUGUACUCUUUAAAAGAUAAUGAAAAGCAGCUUGGUUUUCCCUAUGUUGGUACUACAACUUACUUGUCAAAAAAUUUUGCUGAAGAAGACAAGGAUAUAGUUAGAGAUUACUUAAAGAAACAGAAUAUUGAAGUCUUUAAUUCAAGAUUAUUCAAGACGUUAGAUGAAACUGGUAAAGUGUGUUAUGAAAUUAAAUUGGCAUCUAUAUUACAAACAGAUGAUGAAGAAGAAAAACAUCUUGUCAGUGCUCAUACUGUGAAUGGACAUAAAUUUAUGGUUACUCGAGGUGACUAUAGCAAAUUGUUAGAAUUUGUCAACAAGUAUUUGUUGUUAGCUAAGGAAUAUGCUGCAAAUGAAAAUGAAGUGAAAAUGUUAGAAAAAUACGUACAAAGUUUUCGAACAGGUUCACUUGAUGCUCAUAAAGAUGGCUCUCGUUUCUGGAUCAAGGAUAAGGGCCCAGUAGUUGAAAGUUACAUUGGUUUCAUUGAAACGUACAGAGAUCCAGCUGGAAUGAGAGCAGAAUUUGAAGGUUUUGUUGCAAUAGUUAAUAAAUCUAUGAGUGCCAAAUUUGCUGAUCUUGUAAAUAUGGCAGAAGAUUUACUUCCACUUUUACCAUGGCCAAAAGCAUAUGAAAAAGCUGAGUUUCUGAGGCCAGACUUUACAUCUUUAGAUGUGCUUACAUUUGCUGGAAGUGGUAUUCCAUCUGGAAUCUGCAUACCUAACUAUGAUGAAAUCAGACAAUGUGAAGGAUUCAAAAAUGUUUCCCUUGGAAAUGUAAUACAUACCCAGCAGAAACAUCCAUAUAAUUUCCUCAACAAAGCAGAUCAAGAAUAUGAAGACAAAUAUAUGGUGAAAGCAUUUGAAGUUUGUGUCGGCUUACAUGAACUUCUGGGGCAUGGCAGUGGAAUCUUAUUCAAAAAAGGAAAAGAUGGUACAUUUAAUUUUGACAUAAAGGAAGCUUUGCAUUUGGAAACAAACACUCCGAUUGAAAGUUGGUAUGAAGAAGGUGAGACCUAUGAUUCUGUGUUUUCUUCUCUUGGCUCUUCAUAUGAAGAAUGCAGAGCUGAAUGUGUUGCUUUGUACUUGUCUACAGUACCAGAAAUACUAAGAGUAUUUGGUCAUGAAGGAAAUGAAGCAGAUGAUGUCUUAUAUGUCAACUGGUUGGACAUGUGCCUUAAAGGUCUACUUAGUCUUCAAAUGUAUGAACCCAAAACUGAAUCUUGGUUACAGGCACAUUCGCAAGCCCGCUAUGUAAUACUACAAGUUCUUCUAGAAGGUGGAGGAGGUUUUGUAAAAGUAGAAAAGAUUAAAGGGGAGGAUGGAAAUCCUGAUCUGUUGCUCACAGUAGAUCGUAGUAAAAUUUUAAGUGUUGGUAAACCGUGCAUUGGAAAAUUUCUACAACGAUUGCAACUAUAUAAGGCAACAGCAGAUUUUACGUCAGCUAAAGCUAUGUAUGAUAAAUACUCAGCAGUAACAUCAGAGGAUAAAUAUCCAUUCUUGGAAUACAGGGAAAUUGUUCUAGCACGGAAGAAACCAAGAAAAAUGUUUGUUCAAGCAAAUACAUAUAUAGAAGAUGGUAAAGUCCAGUUAAGAAGCUAUGAUUUGUCACCUGAAAGCUUAAUACAAUCUUUUGUAGAUCGUUUUGAAAAUGCAGAAGAGAUUGAUAAUAUUUUGGAAGAACUGUGGGCAAAAGAUAAGCCUUAUUUUUCAUAAUUUGAAAUGUUAAAAUACUAUUGUAUGAUUUUUCAUACAGAAAUAAAUUUGUUCUACAAAAAUGGA